CAGCAGCUCCUCUCACCUGGCCAUGACCCCAGCCCCCCCAGGGACCCUGGCCCAGCCCUGAGCCCUGGAACCUGCAGCCCCCUCCCCUGGGCCAUGGCCAACUCAGGCCUCCAGCUCCUGGGCUACUUCCUGGCCCUCGGUGGCUGGGUGGGCAUCAUCGCCAGCACAGCCCUCCCGCAGUGGAAGCAGUCCUCCUACGCGGGCGACGCCAUCAUCACGGCCGUGGGCCUCUACGAAGGGCUCUGGAUGUCCUGCGCCUCCCAGAGCACCGGGCAGGUGCAGUGCAAGCUCUAUGACUCACUGCUCGCCCUGGAAGGUCACAUCCAGUCAGCGCGAGCCCUGAUGGUGGUGGCCGUGCUCCUGGGCUUUGUGGCCAUGGUCCUCAGUGUGGUCGGCAUGAAGUGCACUCGGGUUGGAGACAGCAACCCCAUCGCCAAGGACCGCAUCGCCAUCUCUGGGGGUGUCCUCUUCCUCCUGGCAGGCCUCUGCACUUUGACAGCCGUCUCGUGGUAUGCCACCCUAGUGACCCAGGAAUUCUUCAACCCCAGCACACCCGUCAAUGCCAGGUACGAGUUUGGCUCGGCCCUGUUCGUGGGCUGGACGUCCGCCGGCCUGGCCAUGCUGGGGGGCUCCUUCCUCUGCUGCACGUGCCCGGAGCCUGAGAGAUCCAACAGCAGCCCGCAGCCUUACCGGCCUGGCCCCUCGGCUGCCGCCCGAGAACCAGUUGUUAAGUUGUCCGCCUCCGCCAAGGGCCCCCUGGGUGUGUAA